UUGAUGCCAAUUUGCCAAUCAAGCAAGGCCUUUUCCCACAUUACAUUUCUUACCCAAGAAAGAAUAUUAAUUAACAAAUCAGCCCAAAAUCACAGACGUGCGUAUUGGUUUUGGUUCCAUCCAUUACCUUCAUCCCUUUCCCUUCCCUCUGUCACUGUAGGAGACAUCUGGGUGUUUCGAAAAACAGCAUUUCAAGGGGGUUCAAUGAGCAGUAAUAUGGAAACUACGGAAAUUGGAGCAGAAGAUUCUAGUCAAAUAGAACUAGCUCAUUUGCCUCUUAUAUGCGGCCUACCUGAUGACAUUGCUCUUUUCUGCUUGGCAAGGGUUCCUCGGAAGUAUCAUGCAUUAGUUAAAUGUGUAUCAAAGAGAUGGAGAGAAUUGGUGUGCAGCAAAGAGUGGCAUUCUUACCGUCAAAAGCACAAUCUCGAUGAGACUUGGAUAUAUGCUUUAUGUAGGGACAAGUUUGAGCAGCUUUGUUGUUAUGUGCUAGACCCCAAUGCAUCAAGAAAGAGUUGGAAGCGCAUUCAAGACCUUCCACCUUCAAGCUUGAAGAGAAAAGGCAUGGGAUUUGAAGUGUUGGGGAAGGAAGUUUACCUGUUGGGUGGCUGUGGUUGGGUUGAAGAUGCUACUGAUGAAGUCUACUGCUAUGAUGCUGCCGUGAAUGCUUGGAAUAAAGCUGCUCCCUUGUCGACUGCAAGGUGUUAUUUUGCUUCUGAAGUUUUGAAUGAUAAAAUUUACGCAGUCGGUGGCUUAGGUUCAAACUCAAGUGAUCCUCGUUCUUGGGACACUUACGACGUUCACACAAACACUUGGAAAUCUCAAUCAGAUGCUAAUGUUGUCCCCGACAUCGAAGACUCCAUCGCCUUGGAUGGGAAAAUUUACAUCCGAUGUGGUUCUUCUGCUGUAUCAUCUCACGUCUAUGCAGUUGUAUACGAACCAUCAAGAGGAACAUGGCAGCACGCUGAUGCUGACAUGGCAUCCGGUUGGCGGGGCCCAGCGGUUGUUGUAGAAGGGACCCUCUAUGUUUUGGAUCAGAGUUCUGGAACCAGGCUGAUGAUGUGGCAAGGGGAUAGAAAGGAAUGGACGGCUGUGGGAAGACUGUCACCGCUACUUACAAGACCGCCCUGUCGGCUUGUUGCUAUUGGGAAAAGUAUUUUUGUGAUAGGGAAGGGGCUUAGCACUGUGGUGUUGAAUGUUGGCGAUGCAAGGAACGCAGGAGGUGUAAUGGUGAGUUCUUCUGUUACGAAAUCAACUUCUGAUGAUGAUGUAAUUUGCUGUAAAUGUGUGGCAAUUUGAAUCGCUUUCUGGGAGCUCAAGACGUCGGAAAACUAUGUAUUGCAACUGUAAUUGUGUGUGCAUACUCGGAGUUCAUUUGGAGCUCCGUUGAAUUUCGAACUUUUCAAUUAACCAACAUAAAUGAAACCAGAACAUUUAUUAUAUUCAUGCUUUUGAAUUA